CAUUAAAAAAAACUAUCAAUGUGCCAAACUGAAAAUUUUAUUUAAUACAUUAUCUGUGAUAAAUUAUUGAAAUGCACAAAACAGAAGUUGACAUUCCUCUGAGCGUACGGAAACGGCUUACUCAUCUCUUCGGACUAAUUGAAAAAGAAUUUGAGUCUAUUUGUCAAGAAAACGUUAUCCUACAGGAGAAGGUGGAAUCACUCACUGAGAAAGUAAAUGAAAAGCUUUUGACAACUGAACAAUUCCAAAUUAACUCAAAACAAAAACCACCUACUGGUCAAAAACUUAAAACGGCUGAAAAAUUAAAAGCACAAACCAGUAAAAUUGUGUCUAGCUUUAAGAAUCCAUCUGCUGUCAAUUGUCAGUUUAUGAAAGAAUAUGGCGGACACAGGGAUGGCUUGUGGGAUGUAGCCUUACCUUGUACUGGACAACCUGUAAUUGGAACCUGUUCAGCGGAUCAUACUGCAAGAAUAUGGUGCAUUGAAACUGGCACACCCUUAUUACAAUACACCGGUCAUAUGGGAUCUAUUAAUUCUAUAAAAUUCCACCCAAACAAAGAUUUAGCACUUACAUCAAGUGGAGAUCAAACUACUCACAUUUGGCAGGCAGCCGUUAAUUUAGAUAAUUUAAGGGAUAGAGAAUCUGAUGAUACUGAAACAGAAGAUGACCUGGUUGUUCCAGUUUUACGUACACCAUCAUGUACAUUUUCAGGACAUAAUGGGCCAGUGAUGGCUAGUGACUGGUUGUUUGGUGGUGAUCAAAUUAUUACAGCAUCUUGGGAUAGGACUGCUAAUUUGUAUGAUGUUGAAACUAGUGAAUUAUUAAAUUCACUUACUGGACACGAUGAAGAACUAACUUACACUUCUUCACAUAAUUCUCAAAAGUUGGUUGUGACUGCAUCUAGAGACACUACAUUUAGAUUAUGGGACUUUCGUGAAGCAAUCAAUUCUGUUUCAGUUUUUCAAGGUCAUACAGAUACAGUAACGUGUGCUGUUUUUACAUCUGCUGGACUCGGCGGUGAAGAUAAAUUGGUAUCUGGAUCAGAUGAUAGAUCCAUUAAAGUUUGGGAACUUCGAAAUAUGCGCUCUCCAAUUACUACUAUCAGAGCUGACUCUGGUGUAAAUCGAUUUGCUAUAGCUUCUAAUGGUAUUAUUGCUAUUCCUCAAGACAAUCGACAAGUUACAUUAUAUGAUAUGACUGGCCAACGAGUUACCAGAAUACCUAGAACUGCAAGAAAUGGACAUAGACGUAUGGUCACUGCUGUUGCAUGGUGUGAAGACAAUGCAUUUGCAAAUUUAUUUUCUUGUGGAUUCGAUCGGUUAGCUCUAGGAUGGUCUGUUCAGUUAUGUAAGGACUGAUUAUUAGUUAUUAGUAAUGUACUCACAAAUAUUUAAAUUUCCUCAUUAUUUUUUGUUGGUAAAAAUGUUAACUUU